GGCUCAGGGUAUUGGCCAGCCGCACGCUCACGGACACAGUACGCCGCAGAGCGCUCGAAUGCCGAUCCUUGUUUUUCUGUAUCAAUGUUCCUUUGCCUGGGCAGUGGUGCAGUCGGUUUUCUCCGGGUACCUCGUCGCUCGCUCUCUGCCCGCGGGCAUCUUCUGCGCCAAGCGCCUCGGAGACGCGAGGGCACUCUGCAGCGCCACUUUGCAGAUGCUGAAGUCGAUGCUGGUGCUUCCCGAGAAAGAUCCUUUGGACCAGAAGGUGCGACAUAUGAUCGUCAGGUCCCGCCUUGAGACGUUCACGGCUCUGCUGCCUAUUGCUCUGGUGCUGAACUCGGCCUUGUUACUCCACGAUCUCGUGCGUAACCGCCGCUGGCCUGUGCUGGCUGGGUUUUUCAGCGAAGCGUGCAUCGAAGUGGGCGCGACACAGCUGUCUUGUAUUCUCGUCCUUCUGUUCAGACAAGGUCUGAACGCACUUUUUCUUGCCAAACCGCGCCUGGUGAAUCCCUUGUGCAUUCGCGUCGGAAUCUCCUUGGUGUAUCUGCGCCUCAUCGUUGAGGCGUCGACCUUGCAGGAGGCCGACAUUCCUGUCUGGUUGGCCAGCACAGCACCGAUGCGCCUCGGGGCCAGCAUCAUGCUCGGCGAGAUCUCGACGGCCACAUGCCUGAACGUGUUGCUGUCUACGGCGAUAUGUUGCUGUUACGCUGGGGACUGGCACGUCUCUUUCCACCUCUACCUCUGUGGCGUCGUGUGGGGCGUCAUGUACGUCAUAGACCGCGUGCGCUACGCGCAGUUCAGGGCCGUGCUGGAGGCCAGGAUGUCUCACAGGGUGGUGGUCGCGGCGGACGGGCUGCUGAGCCGGCUGUGCGACGCGGUGGUGCACCUGGGAGAGGACUUCCGGAUCACCAAGCCGUCGCCGCACCUCGCAACGAUGCUUCACCGGCCGUCCUCCUGCGGCGGGAUGGGCGGCGUCCUCUUUCUCGACCUCUUCCAGUGCAGCGAGGAGCGUGAGCGGGUACAGGCCUUCCUUCUCCGCAACACUCCCGGCGCGGACGCGCUGCACACGUCCAUAAAGGACUCCAACGACGUCGUCGUGACGGUCCAGCUUUUCCACAUCUGCGGCCGGGACUUUGACGACAGCUUCUUCCACGUGGUGGGCGUGCGCGAGGACGAAGAGUCCUUCAGGAUGCCUCCAGAAGCACCGCCUUCGCACGCUGCCCCCGUCGUCGCGCCGCCCGGGGAGAGCCUGGCCGCCGACGUGGAGAGCGUGUCGACAGUGCAGCUGGAGAGCGACAGCGGGGACCUGGCCGUGUACUUCCAGCUCUUCGAGGCCGGCUGCCCCGUGGAGAAGUGCUCCGCGGGCUUCACCGCGCUGACCGGGCCGUCGGCGCCCGGGGCCAGGCUGCUGGAGUGGAUGGUCAGCGCGGACAGCUUCGUGCAGUGCGUGCAGGAGCUCCGCGACAGCGCCCUGCGCGAGCGGCAGGGCCUGCCCCUGCGGCGAUCCGUGCGGGUGCAGCUGAGGCCGCCGCACCUGCGCUCGCUCGGCAUGGAGCUCCGGGCCGCGGCCGUGCUCUCGCUGCGCCACAACGACGCGGACGCGGAGGUCCAGCUGUGGACUGCCAAGGUCGAGCUGGCCAACGCCACGGUUGUGAGGAGGCGCGCCAGGCGCGAGAGGGCGCCGCCGCAGCCGCGCGCCGCGCCCGCGCUGGCGGCGUGCCAGCCCGACCCCGAGAGGAGCUGCGCUGGUGCCCAGGCCACGCCGGGGCCGCCUGCUGGCCAACGGCAGGAGCCGCCCGGCGCGGCGUUGGCGCUGGCCCAGGCCGCGCCGCCGCCGGGCGCGCCGUCGCAGCCGUCCGCCCUUCGCCGCGCUGGUCGGAGCUCUCGCAGCUCCCUCUCGUCGUCCUCGGGGUCCUCGGGGUCCUCGAGGAGCUCCGCGCAGGACCGGGGGAGGGUCUCGUCCAUCUACAUGCGGCUGAACUUCGGGAGCCGGAGCCUGCGCAUCUACGACUUCAUGCUCCGGUUCGAGGACGGGCGCCUGGCGCCCUGCCUGAAAGACUGGCUGCCAAGGGAGUCCCUGACCGGGAUUCACACGCGCUGCCAG